GCGCCUUCAUUGCGCCGCUCAAUUACCGCGGUGACCUUCAGAUGGGCGCGGUUGUUCGUAUCGUGCGAUCUCCACCAGUAGGCAUCACGCCACAAUUAAAAUGCGUGUACAGAGCGACCUGUCACCGCGGCUGUUUGCCGUGCUGCUUGGCACCCUGUAGUGGAGAGGGUGACAUCUGUGACUCCUCGCCAAGGGAGCCCGGGUAGACGCACCUAACUGUAUUUAUUCGUUCAGCUCGGCCGAAUAAUUACGCCGACAACUCCGGCAAGAGGAAUUCUUCAAUGUUUCAUUUUUCCUCUUUUGGCAAACGCAGCUUCAAUUCUAUCCUUAGAAUGGAAGGAUGCUGGAAAAACGGCAGGAGAUCAAGUUCAGACAUCUGACAGCCACUGACUUAUGAGGAGUGUCACUCCUCUCUGCACAUCCCAUCUGACCGUUGGUUGACCCUUUCAUCAACGCUCAACACUCGUGAAGAAACUCCCUGGUUGACACACCUCAUCAGCCGGGGCGAAGUGACAGCAAUCAAAUAGCGAACAACUGAACGGUGGCUAAUCGUUGCCUGAAGCCACUCACGCAAAAGUAGCAACAUGCUGCCCCAGUCCCCGACUGCGCUGUUGCACCUCUCAAAGCUGCAGUUGAAUUAGAAAAUUCCCAGAGAAAGAAGCCUUUUGUGGACAAAGCAGUAAGGCUGUAAACGAAUAAAAGAAGUUUCCACAGAAACCACACAGAACGACAUCAGCGAUGCUUUGGCCCAUAUUGUUCAGCCUGCAAGCCGUGUGCACCAGUGUGUCACAUGCCAUGCAACAUUACCCGGCAGCCUGGGGACACUAUGACGUGUGCAAGUCCCAGAUCUAUACAGAGGAGGGCCUGGCGUGGGACUACAUGGCCUGUCAGCCUGAAGCCACCGACAUGACAAAGUACCUGAGAGUGGCCCUCGACCCCCCAAAUAUCACGUGUGGAGAUCCGCCCGAAACGUACUGCGCUUUGGAGAAUCCUUACAUGUGCAACAAUGAAUGUGACGCCACCACCGAGGAGCUGGCUCAUCCUCCAGAGCUGAUGUUUGACUUUGAGGGUCGCAACCCCACAACGUUUUGGCAGUCGAGCUCAUGGAAGAAAUACCCAAAGCCUCUCCAGGUUAACAUCACGCUGUCGUGGAACAAAACCGUCGAGCUGACCGACGACAUCGUGCUGACCUUUGAGUCGGGCCGACCGGAGCAGAUGGUCCUGGAAAAGUCACUCGACUACGGCAGGACCUGGACCCCUUACCAGUUCUACGCCACCGACUGCCUUGACGCGUUCACCAUGGAACCCAAGACGGCCAACGACCUCACCCAGCGCACCCUGCUGGAUAUCAUCUGCACCGAGGACUACUCCCGAGGCUACGUGUGGAAGAACGACAAGACGGUGCGCUUUGAGAUAAAGGACCGCUUUGCCCUCUUUGCCGGGCCUCGGCUGCACAACAUGGCCUCGCUGUACGGCCAGUUGGAUACCACCAAGAACCUGAGGGACUUCUUCACCAUUACUGAUCUGAGGAUUAAGCUGCUGAAGCCGGCCACGGGAGCCACCAUGGUGGACGAGAAUAACCUCUCCAGAUACUUCUACGCCAUAUCCGACAUCAAAGUGCAGGGCAGGUGCAAGUGUAACCUGCAUGCCAACAGCUGUGUGUUUGACAAGGGGAAGCUGGGCUGUGAGUGUGAACACAACACCACAGGGCCGGACUGCAGCCGCUGUAAGAGGCACUACCACGGAAGAGCCUGGAGUGUGGGCUCCUACCUGCCUAUACCCAAGGGAACCGCAAAUAUAUGUAUCCCCAGCAAUCAAGGACCAGUGCAUCGAGCAAAUGCUUCAUCUCUUGGUGUUGCAAAUCGUAACCAAGCUCGGGUGUGCGACAACGCGAUGCUGCGCUGUCAGAACGGCGGCUCUUGCCACCACCACCAGCGUUGCCACUGUUCCCCCGGCUUCACGGGCGUCCUGUGCGAGCGAGCGAGCUGCCAGGGCCCCGGGGAGUGUGACGACCAAUUGUCCGGGCGGGCCGCCCUCCAUCGCCCCGGCAUCGGCCGCCUGCUCGCGCUCAGCCUCGCAGUGCUCCCGCAUAUGCGAUUGUUUCCCUUUGCUGAGAGGCCCGAGACCCGGCCUCCGAUCCUCCACCAGAAGUCUGAGAACACGUGUGUUGAGCUUGAACUCUCAAGCGCAGGGACACAAAAAAAAGGACGCGGGACGUGUGGACAAUGUGCUUGGCGUACAAUAUACGUAGCUAUUUUGUAUUUUCAAGGCCACAGUGGUGGAAGACGGUCUCACCAGUGAGACGGAUUGUGCGCUUGUCGGGUUAAACUGAAUGCAAGAUGGAUUUGUGAAAGACUUGGAGAAGUCAAUGCGGGCUUAUAAUGUCCCCGAGGACGCGGUUGCCCCCCCCCCUCCCCUUGUGAUUACGUCAUUGGCCGAUACUUAAUUAACAGCAGACUCCGAUAGAGCACUCGGAACACUCUGAGAGCAAACUGUACAAAACUAGACACGUGAUUUCUUAGGAUAAUCUGAACUUAUUAAAAAAUGACAAGGCGGACGGGGACAUGUUAAAAGAGUUUGCCUCACUGCCUCCAUCCUUACUUGACUCCUUCCUUACUUGCCAACUUCUUCUCUUCUCCUUCCCAUCACCUUCUCCUCCCUGUGCUUUGGUGAUUCUGGUGAUCCUUCUUUGUUGAAACGGUGUCUGUUGUUUUGCCAAAUGCUGCACAUGUAUCAUUAUCAAGCCCCUUGACAAGAACCAAUCUAAUACCUUUUCUUUUUCAGAGGCUUUGUAGUCACGCUUGAGCUCACAAGUUGUAACAUACUGUAACUGUAUUUAAUUUUUGUAUAAAAAACAGAUAUUUUCAUGACUAAGCAAAACAAAAAGAUGUAUUACUUGUUUUCUAUUGCUGCCGUUAAGUCCAGGAUGAGGACUACGAGUGCACAGAGUUUGGUUGUAUUAUUUGUAUUCUUUUUUUUUUUUUGCUUGUGUGGCACAUGGUUCUCUUCAUUUGAGAGCUACUGUCAAAACUAUGUUUACAGUACACACAAUACAGUUCCACCAAAGGGAAAAGGAAAAACAUGUCUUUGUCUUGUUGUUGAACAGUCAUUUUAUUAAGUGGUACCAUUUGGACCUGAUGUGUGGAGUGAAACAGUGUAUUGUUUGUAGAUAUGUACAAGCCGAGGACAAUAGCUGAAUGUCAUUUUAAAGGAUUUUUGAAAAGCUACAACUACCAAUCGUUGACUCAACAGUGGCUGAUAGCAAUAUAUCGGUCAACAUAUUAACUCCUAGUUGUAUGACAACAGUUGUUUUUUUUUUGUAACGUGUUGUAACCAUCCUUGUUGUGCUCAUGAAACGUGGGACAAUUGGAGGAAUAUCCUGCUCUAUGUAAAUUUAACUAGAAGAUUUGGCGGGGGGGGAGAGAUUGCACGGCUGUCGCAGAGGUUGUCCAGCUCAAGUCUGUAAUCAAAUCUAAUCCUUGAAUCAAAUGGAAAGAGGGGAAGGUUUUUUGCAGAGCUGGUGCGGUUGGAAGCCUGCAUCCUGCUGCGCGAGCCUCUGAGAAGCGGCGCCGUUCAGAAGAUGAGCUUUAAUUCACGAAGGGUCAACGAUUCGAAAUGAAUCCCACCGGGUGACACACUGAUCACCGAGACCAAUUUCAUUUGAGAGAUUCAAUUUUCCUAACAAGGUUGUCAUCAAACACCGAAUUGUGUUAGAGUCCACUGUAAGUGCCUCUCAUUAAAUGACACUGUCUAUGAG